GUUUCCAAGUUUGCAACGUCGUUUGUUUGUGCUCGCUUUAACGAAGCUCGUCUUUCCUGCUUUGACCUUUUUUAAGGUCGUUCAUGUCGCUUUCACUUCUUUUGGGGUCAAGUCAAGGGCGACGUUCUGAUUUCGCUUUAUGAUUGCAAACAUUUGAAUGCAAUGCGAGGAGAUCAUUUGCAGUUUAAAAAAAAAAAAAGAAUAACUAUCUCUCACAGUGCUUGUUCGAGAUUACGGAUGACGCCAAUGUGUACUAACUGUCUUUCGUUUCAUUGUUUUAUAUUGAUGUCCUAGUUUAGUUAUCGUCGAUAGUUUCCCCACAAAUAUUUAAGCCAGUCGUCACCUUCCUGUUGCUUUAGUUUUGGUUAGUGAUUGACUAAUUCUGCACGAAUUUGCGAUUUACGGGAGAUUGCAUCAUAGACAACAACAACAACAAAAGUUUCUCCUUCACCUGCUGCUUAAAGAAACGACUGCAAUAAUCUUUGACAGCAUUGUUUCCCCAGACUUUAUUGAGCCGAGGCACAUAUUAUACAUGAGAAAAAGUAGCACCGAAUAAACAAACAAAAGUGCUGAAAUAAUGCUGAUCUGGUCUCAAUGAAGUCACAAAUGUACUUCUUCUCCUUGAAAACUUGGCCUAUUGAGUUGAACGCAAAGCUGCAACUCUGUUGUCUGAAUCUCAACGGGAGGAUCCAAAGGUGUCAAGAUGGUUGUUCUGUCCAAGGAGUACGGCUACGUGGUGUUGACCGGCGUUGCCAGUAUGAUCAUGGUGGGACACUUGGCAGUUCAAGUGGGCAAAGCUCGCAAGAAGUUCAACGUGCCGUAUCCGAAGAUGUACAGCGACGACGACAGCGAAGAGGGCAACGUUUUCAACUGCGUGCAGCGUUCGCACCUAAACACUCUGGAACUGUACCCUGCCUUCCUUUUCUGUCUGGCUGUUGGUGGUUUGCAUAGACCUCGCCUCAGCAGCGGACUGGGAGCUGUAUGGAUCAUAAGCCGAGAGCUGUACGCCCAAGGCUACUCAACAGGAGAUCCUCAAAAACGAAGGCGGGGAGCUUUCGGGAACGCGGCUCUGCUCGGAAUGAUACUGACCACCGCCAGCCUCGGCUCGCACUUGUUGGGCUGGACACGACCCCGGUUGGGGUCGUGGUGCGACGUCGCCGAAUGUUGUUGACGAACAGGCCCUCGGGAUGCGAGUCGCCAUAAUUGCGCGGUGGGCAGCUUCACCUUUGCCAUAUUUCCCGCAGCGCUUGUUCGCAACUGCUCAACGCUGAAGUGACCUGACUGGUUCUCCACGUUGGGAGUGGCCUCCCUUGGAUUAGGAUUGAGGGUGUUGGCCCCUUGUGGCGCUCACAAAACAUGAUUGCUUUUGUUCUCUUUUUAAAUAAACGCAGCACAUAUGAGACCGCGUCUGUAUUUUUCAUUCA